CCAAGGGCUGCAUGCCUGAGCCGUCCUGCUGCUCUGCCUCUAAACGAGAGGAAAAAUUCCUUAGUGCUGUGAAAACACGACUGUGUUCAUUAGCCAGGUGUAGCUUAGUCCUGGAGCAUCUGCUUUGAACUAACACCUCGCUGGCUGUGCUUUCCACAGUGACACAGUUCACGUUUUAACCACAAUUCAGAAAUAGCAUGCAUUACUGUCUUUUAUUACAACAGUAGUGAUUUUUUCUAUUAUUUUUUUAACCCAUUAUGUUUCAGUUCUGCUCAAGAUGAUUGUGUUGCAUGAUCUGACACCUGAAGUAACUGAGUGACAGUAUUUGUUUGUUUGUUUUUAAUCUUCAAGAAUAUUAAGCCUGUUUAGAAACAGCCGUUCGGAAAGCCUUGCUUGUAAGCAAAGGUUUGUUUGUGGUAUAAACGCUCUCAGAAUUAUGUGGUUCAGACCAACCUAUGAACAGAGUUUCUGUGCUCUUUCAGCGUGAGCUACUGGAAGAUACGCUAAGUAUUCAUCUUACUCUGAAGCGUGUUUCCGGAGACAACGGGCUUCAAAAGCAGUGCUACAGGAACAAAUAUCUCAACACCUGCCAGGAAACUGGAGCCUUUUCACUCUGUAGUAACAAAUAAAGAAGGGUGAAGCAUGAGGAUGAACUCUGCUCUUCAGGCUGCUAUUGACCUCACAGCAGGAGCUGCAGGUGGGGCUGCAUGCGUGGUGACUGGCCAGCCCUUUGACACAGCGAAGGUGAAGAUGCAGACGUUCCCUGACAUGUAUAAAGGAAUUGUUGACUGCUUUGUGAAGACCCACAAACAAGUGGGGUUUCGAGGCCUCUACAGAGGGACCACACCAGCGCUUGUAGCCAACAUCGCGGAGAACUCUGUUCUGUUCAUGUGCUAUGGAUUUUGCCAGCAAAUUGUGAGGAAAAUUGUUGGAGUAGACAGGAAAACAAAGCUCAGUGAUCUGCAGAAUGCUACUGCAGGCUCCUUCGCCUCCGCCUUUGCCGCCCUUGUCCUCUGCCCCACAGAGCUGGUGAAGUGCCGUCUGCAGACCAUGCAUGAAAUGCAGCUGUCAGGAAAGAUAAUGCAAGGACACAAUACAGCUUGGUCAGUAGUGAAGGGUGUUCUUCAAAAGGAUGGUCCCCUUGGAUUUUAUCAUGGCUUGUUGAGCACUUUGCUGCGGGAAGUCCCAGGGUAUUUCUUCUUCUUUGGAGGGUAUGAACUAAGCCGGACGUUCUUUGCCUCUGGGAGAUCAAAAGAUGAAUUAGGUCCCAUUCCUUUGCUGCUAAGUGGAGGUAUUGGAGGCAGCUGCUUGUGGAUUGCUGUGUAUCCUGUAGACUGUGUCAAAUCCAGAAUUCAGGUUCUUUCAAUGACUGGAAAACAGAUAGGUUUUAUGAGGACAUUUGCAAGCAUUGUUAAAAAUGAAGGUGUAUUUGCCUUGUAUUCUGGACUAAAGCCAACAAUGAUCCGUGCAUUCCUGGCCAAUGGGGCAUUGUUCCUUGCCUACGAGUACAGCCGGAAACUCAUGAUGGACCAGAUAGAGUCUUACUGAUACCUUCUAGUAAAUAGAGAGCAACCUUUUAAAACAAACAAAAACCUGUAGGCCACAUCAGGGUCUGAAUCGAGCCAAACCAGUGACCUUAUUUUAAGGAACUCAGCUCCAGUUUAGAAUUUGUAACAUUUUAAAUUCAAGCGACUUCUAGAGACAUGCUGCAUAUAUGUUUCCUGAGUUGGACUUGCAGAACUAUCUCCCUCCCCCAGAUACUGCACUAGGUACAUUCAUGUCAUAAAGGUCUUCCCCACCUGGAACAGUGUUCAAAAGACUUCACUACGUUGACCUGUUGGGUUUAAUGUAACAUGCAAUGAUAAGCCCUGAUUCAUUUAAAACAAAGCACUGUUUUAGAAUCUAUGCUGUGGUUUUAAGUUUUUCAGUUGUUGCUGGCAAGCAUCUGUGACUCUAGUCUUGUCUAGCCUUGCUGAGUAUGACUUGUAUCUAACCCUCAGCUAGACCUGUGUCCUUCUCUGUGGCACCUUUCUGCUCUGUGACUUUCCAAGGCUAAUGCAGUUGGCUUAUGACUUGGGCUUGUGCAAGCAGGAAGUGUCCACUCCCACCCCCCCCACACACACAUUUGUACUCAUAUGAGCUAAAGCUGAGACGUGCCUAUGCUAGAGAUAGAUAGAUAAAACUUGAAGUAACUGGCUUUAAAGGAUACAAGCAGCUUCUUAACAAGGGUGGUGGCAUUAUGUUACAGUUUUUAAGACGCUAGAGAAGGGCUGGGGCACACUAAAUAUCAGUGGGUUAAGCACUUGUAAAAAAGGAGACUGCUUGAAGUUGUAACCCUGUGCUGACUCCUAGUUGCGCCACCUCAACCCAGACAAGUCCAUCUACUUGAAGGACAGGAAGCUGAAGAGGCACAAAAAGCCAGCACUGAGUUCUUUAAGAUGACUGACCUCGUGGUCUCUUAGGCUGGCAUAUUGCCACAUGUGCCACUUGCUGUAUCUUUUCAGCUGAGUGGAAAAAGCUCAUGUGACGGGACAGCUCUUAUCACCUUCAGGCCUGAAGGGCAGGUCUGCUUGUUCACCUCAUUUGAUUAAACAUGCAGCCCAAGGCCAGUUGGUCAAUGUUGUCCAUAAUGAUAUAGUAAUACCUAUUUCUAGAUGAGACUUUGACUCUGAAGUAGGAUGGUCUUUAUAGAAGCAGGCUUUACUUUGUAUGAAGUGGGUGCUGUUUAUCCUGGAAAAAGACCUGACAGUUAGGUCUCAAAGCAGCACAGUUCAGAAAUCAUGCAUGGAACUGCACAGAACGAUGGUGACUGGGUGCUUACAACAACUAACUUGGUAUCUCACCCUUGUGGAGCACGUAGGCAAGCUACCCUCUAUGCUUGGCAGAGCUCUUUGCCUACCCAGAUCAUCUGAGCUAUGGCAGUCCUAAAGAAAUAAGGAGUUUCUUCCUGCUGGAGAUUAGGUCCCUUUCAUUGGAAAUACAAGCUAGCACAGUUGUAGCCUAUAAAACUGAGCUGUUGAAACUUACAUUUCAUACCCUGGAAGGAAGAAAAGGCUUUGGGCACAGAUGACAGGUCAUAUCAAUACCUACUGUGCAGCUGGAGUUCACUUAAAUUGGCUGUUCCACUGCAUUGCUUUAACAUCCUUGUGAAGAGUGGUUUCUGCAAUUCUGGUUCUUGUUACACAUGAAGAAGGGUUUGCAAUCGUUUCACUUUGAACACCCAUGAGAAAAAGAGAUAGCAGCAGUGCAUGGCUGAAGAAUCUUCAGUGACUGUUGCAACACAUUACCUUGCUUGACUGCUGCACUAGAGGCAGUAACACUGUGCAUAGUCAGUAUUUUAAACAAUUCGGGUACAAAGGGAGGGCUUUCAGGGGUGUUAGACUUCUUUUCAAACUUGUCCACCAUAACAUAUGGUAUAUUUAUAUGCAUUUGUAAUAGUCAUGGAAAGGUAAAGACUGAAUCCACACCAGUGGAAUACUUCAAUCUAUUUCUUAGAUUUGUCUUUGCUUUCAUUUUUUAAAGCUGACAGUUGGAAUUUUUAAUACAAAAGUUGAGGCUUCAAGUGAAGCAGGAUUUUUAGAACUGGACUUACAGGCUGAAGCAGACGUGCAUUUUUAGGUUACCUUUUCAGGUUGAACGAAGCAGUAAUGCAUCAGUAUCACAACUGCUUAGGCUGUACACCUUUGUCAGCUGUUGAGUGUUCAGCUCCCUGAAAACUUCCUAAUGUUGGGAUAAGAGCUCAUGGGAAUAAAGUUUGUUUUGACAAACUGAGUACCUGAUUACUGUUUAUGGAAUGAAGCUUACCAAACCUGUGCAGCUGAAAAACAGCUGUAGUUUAAAG